CUAUCUGAGAAUUGUUUUCAGUUAGGCAUGAGCACUUGAAGUACGCCGACAUGGAAUUGCUUGUGAGCGGAAAACUUGCUCAGCUGCUUAUUGUGGCUUGUUUGGGAGCCUUAGCAACGGCUGAGAUUCAAUGCGGUCGUCUGGAGGAGAGAUUAUUGUACACAACCCUGGAAAAGACAGAGCCGUCUGAGAAUCCCUGGAUUGGCAUCCUGUUUUCGUCUCAGGGAAACGGACUAGAGAACACAAGAUGCUCCGUGGUCAUCAUCAACGAACUGCACGUCCUCACCACUGCCACGUGUGUGAAGCGCUUUAAGACGCGAUCCGGAGAUACAAAAGCAGUGGCAAUGCUGGGCGUUUGGGACGAGACUGCCUCUCCCGAUGAGGAGCUCUUCUGCAACGAGAAGGACUUCUGCGUGCCGGGACCUGUGCUCUACCAGGUGGUGGAGAUCAAGGUGCACCCGCAAUCGGACAAGGACACAGGCGACAACGACUUGGCCAUCCUGCGGUUGGAGAAGCCCAUCGAGUGGACCGAAUGGAUCCAACCUAUCUGCAUGGAGGGCGCUUCCGAGCCGGAAUCACUAACCAACCGGAACCUCCACUUUUCCGGUUUCAAUAAUGGCGAUUACAACAAGGGAAAGGGUCUUUCCAUGACGGUUUCCACUGCAAAAUGCAAGCAGCUCACCUCAUCGAGUGUCUUUUUCCCUGAAAACCAACUGUGUGGAUAUCCCGUGAAGAGAACCAAAUUCUAUCCGGGAACAGCACUGAUGGACAUCGAUGUGCGGGGGGAGAAGCCGCACAGCUUCUACUUGGUGGCCAUUCUGGUCCGGAGUGUGGACGCCGGACAGGCCACCACUCAAGUCUACCAAAAUGUCAGACGCGCACGCUCUUGGAUUACGGAGAACGCAAAGUAGGAAGAACCCUAUUGAGUUGGCAGAUUAUACAACGUGUUUUGUGAAUAUCAGAAAAAUAUCAAUAAAAUCCAGUGACGAGGAA